CCGGCCGCUCCUGCCUUAUUUGGCAUUUUGGCCGCGUCCAAUCAGGGCGGGGGGGCCGGGCCCUACCCCCCCGCCCCGCCGGGUCCCGCCCGGUCCCGCCGCCGAUCCCUGCUCCGCCGCUCCGCCGCCGCCGCGCCAUGAGCAGCUCCCAGUUCAACAAGGGCCCCUCUUACGGCCUCUCUGCGGAGGUCAAGAACCGGCUCGCCCAGAAGUAUGACCCACAGAAGGAGGCAGAGCUGCGGACGUGGAUCGAAAGCGUCACCGGGCGGCAGAUCGGGGCCGACUUCCAGAAGGGGCUGAAGGAUGGGGUCAUCCUCUGCGAGCUGAUGAACAAGCUGCAGCCCAACUCGGUGAGGAAGAUCAACCGCUCGGCGCUGAACUGGCACCAGCUCGAGAACCUCUCCAACUUCAUCAAGGCCAUGGCCAGCUACGGCAUGAACCCCGUGGACCUCUUUGAAGCCAACGAUCUCUUUGAGAGCGGGAACCUGACGCAGGUGCAGGUGUCACUGCUGGCGCUGGCGGGCAUGGCCAAGACCAAGGGGCUGCAGAGCGGCGUGGACAUCGGCGUGAAGUACUCGGAGCGGCAGCAACGGAACUUCGAUGAGGCCAAGAUGAAGGCUGGGCAGUGCGUCAUCGGGCUGCAGAUGGGCACCAACAAGUGCGCCAGCCAGUCCGGCAUGACGGCCUACGGCACCAGGCGGCACCUGUACGACCCCAAGAACCAGAUCCUGCCUCCCAUGGACCACUCCACCAUCAGCCUGCAGAUGGGCACCAAUAAGUGUGCCAGCCAGGUGGGGAUGACGGCGCCCGGCACCCGGCGGCACAUCUACGACGCCAAGAUGGGGUUGGAGAAGUGCGACAACUCCUCCAUGUCGCUGCAGAUGGGCUCCAACCAGGGCGCCAACCAGAGCGGGCAGGUCUUCGGCCUGGGCCGCCAGAUCUACGACCCCAAGUACUGCCCGCAGGGCACCCCUGGGGACGCGGCCAACGCCGCCGCCGAGCCGGGCACUGACCCCCCCGGGUACCACUACUACCACCAGGAGGAGAGCUGCUGAGCGGGGCUGUCCCGCGUGCAGCCCCCCCCCCGCAGCCACAUUCCGGCUUCAAUUCAUCAUUCCCUCUUCUUAAACCUUUUUUUUUUAAAAAAACAAUUGUGAAAGGAAUCUAUUUUUUUCUGGGAAGGGACGGCCACACUGCAGCCCUGGGGCUUUGCCCCCCCCCCCCCCCCCACCCCAUCCCGUGCCAGAAGUGCCCGGUGAGGCCGGGGCUGUGAGCAUCCCAUGCUCCGCUUUGAUGCCGUGAAAGCAAAGCUGGAAGCGGUGUUUUUUUGGAGAACUCUUGGGACCAAAGUUUCAGAUUCCAUCUCAACCCGGGGGGGUGAUGCUGCGUGAGGUGGGGGCGGCCUCGGGCUGGGCGGGGGGCUUCUUCCAACCGCGUGGGGUUUUUAAUACAGAUGCUCUUAUAUUGAAAGCUUUUUUUUUU